AUGAUUUAUAGCUUAGUUUGGGGAAAUUAUCUCGUUGGUUUCUGUGUUAAAAUACUGAAUUCAGCCGUUGUGAUCGGAUUCUAUUAUGGAUUUCUGACUACAUUCUCCAUAGGACCGUCUUAUCUCUUCCUUCUUCGAGGGCAAAUCUUAGGAAAGGGAUCUGAAACGAAAAUAUCAGCAACAACCGGGUUUAUUACGGGACAGCUCAUGAUGUUUAUAUCGAUCUAUUAUACGCCUUUGCAUUUGGCAUUGAGUAGACCUCAUACAAUAACAGUCUUAACUCUACCAACACCGCUCCCAUAUUAUUAUAUUGAGGAAAUGAUGCGAUACGAUGACAGGGACCUGGAGGAAGUCAAAGCUGCAAUAGAUUGGGAAAAGGAAGAAACUAACGAAGAAGAAGAAGAUAUUACUGUUUAUCUUUCUGAUAAAAAAGAGAAUACUUUCAACAAAAAACUCGCCCCGUUGGAAAAAUCUCUUGUAACUACUCUUUUCGAUUAUCGAAAAUGGAAUAGGCCUUUGCGAUAUAUAAAAAAUGAUCACUUUGAAAGGGUUGUAAGAGAUGAAAAUUCACAAUUUUUUUUUCAGGUAUGUCAAAGUGAUGGAAAAAAACGAAUAUCUUUCACGUAUCCACCUCAUUUAUCUACUUUUCUGAAAAUCAUGGAAAAAAAUGGAUCUCUUCAGAAGAGAUAA